GGUCCGCGCAGGCCAGGGCAGGUGCUGAGCGCGCCGUCAAGGCCGCGGCUGGGUCCGGGCGGGGCGGGUCUGGACAGAGCAGGCUGCUGUUCGGCGGGGCCGCAGCGGUCCAGGGGUCGUAUUCUCCACGCACAUCCGUGAUCUCAGACAGGUUACCCCUGUUGUCAUCCUCAGUCUUGCUGGAGCUUGAAGAUGCUGAAAGAGCGUCUGGAGAUGGCAGAAGGUCCUCAGCAGCAGAUGGGUGCUCCAGUGGUCAAACUGGAGAAGGAGCUGCCAUGGGGCAGGGGAGGGGAGGACUCUAGUCCUGAGGCAUUUCGGCUGAGGUUUCGCCAGUUCCGCUACCAAGAGGCUGCUGGUCCCCAGGAAGCCCUCAGGGAGCUCCAAGAGCUCUGUCGGCGGUGGCUGAGGCCGGAGCUGCACACCAAAGAGCAGAUCUUGGAGCUGCUGGUGCUGGAGCAGUUCCUCACCAUCCUGCCGCGAGAGUUCUACACCUGGAUCCGGGAACACAGCCCAGAGAGCGGCAAGGCUCUGGUGGCCAUGGUGGAGGAGCUGAUGGGGAGCACGGAGGCCAAGGCGGUCCCAUGCCUUGCCCAGGGAGAACAGCUGGUCACAGCCCUUGGAGGAGGAUCUUGGCAAUCAGGCAUCCACUUGGGGCCGGUAGAAGUCAAGCCUGAGUGGGGGAUACCCCAGGGGGAAGGAGUUCAGAGCCUAGGCCCAAGCACCGCAGAACAGCUGAGCCAGGGCCCUGGAGAUGGGACACAGGCCUUCCAGGAGCAAGCAUUGCCCAUUCUUCACGUGGGCCCAGGGCUUCCCUCUGUGAGUGCCAGAGACCAAGAGAUGGCUGCUGGGUUCCUUGCAGCCACAUCUCAGGGUCUGGGACCAUUUAAAGACAUGACUUUGGGUUUUCCCGAGGAGGAGUGGAGACACGUAGCCCCAGCUCAGAUUGACUGCUUUGGGGAGUAUGUGGACUCACAGGACUGUGGGGUCCUUCCAGGUGCUGGGAGCAAGGAGAAGGAGGCUAAGCCCCAGCAGGAAGACCUGAAGAGAGCAUUUGUUGGGUUGACUUCCGAUGGGUUUGGAGAAGCCGCCAUCCAGGUUCCUGGGCCAGGGGCCACCUGUGAGCAGGAGCCUGGGGGCUCUGGGACCAGUGUGCCUGGGCUUCCUGCUCCUCAGCAUGGGGUCCCCCUGCCUGAUGCCCUCAACACCCACAAUUCUUUUUGGAAGCCUUUCCAGUGCCCUGAGUGUGGAAAAGGCUUUAGUCGGAGCUCCAACCUUGUCAGGCACCAGCGGACCCACGAAGAAGAGAAAUCCUUUGGCUGUGUGGAGUGCGGGAAAGGUUUCACCCUGAGGGAGUACCUCACCAAGCAUCAGAGGACCCACCUAGGCAAGAGGCCCUAUGUGUGCGGCGAGUGCUGGAAGACCUUCAGCCAGAGGCAUCACCUGGAGGUGCACCAACGCAGCCACACCGGGGAGAAGCCCUACAAGUGUGCAGACUGCUGGAAGGGCUUCAGCCGGAGGCAGCACCUGCUGGUGCAUCGCAGGACGCACACCGGGGAGAAGCCCUACACCUGCGAGUGUGGCAAGAGCUUCAGCCGGAAUGCCAACCUGGCGGUGCACCGGCGGGCGCACACUGGGGAAAAGCCCUAUGGCUGCCAGGUGUGCGGCAAGCGCUUCAGCAAGGGGGAGCGACUGGUGCGACACCAGAGGAUCCACACGGGCGAGAAGCCCUACCACUGCCCAGCCUGCGGUCGCAGCUUCAAUCAGAGGUCCAUCCUCAACCGUCAUCAGAAGACCCAGCAUCGCCAGGAGCCUCCGGUGCAGUGAGCCUACCAAGGGAACAGCUCUGCCAAGGAGCGACUCCUUGUACCGAGUGCUCUGGGCAGUGCCCAGUGAGGACCAGCAGAGGACGGCAGAGCCUGGCGUAUGGGAAGCUUGCAGAGGGCCCACAGUUUCCCUCAGCUCUUCUAUUCUAGGGAAACACUGCCCUGAGCUGCGGGGUUUUUCUCUCCCACAGUAGGGAUGGGAUCCCACCUCCUCAGCAAGUUUGGGGAAAGGGCAGAAUUCUAUUGCAAAUAGGCAGCUUGAAGCUCAUUUUCUUUCUUUCUUUUUCUUCUUCCUUCCUUUUUUAAAGAUAGGUCUCAUAUUAUCUAAGCUGGUCUCAGACUACUUGUGUAGCUGAAGAUGAUCUUGAACUCCUGACCCUCCUGCCUCCACCUUCCCAGUGUUGGGAUUGCAGGAAUGUGCCACCAUGCCUGGUUUCUGCUGUGUUGGAGAUGAGUUCCAAGGUUUGUGCAUGCUUGGUGGGGUACUCUACUGACUGAGGUGUGUGCCCAGCCUCGAAGCUCUUGUUGUCAGAGAGCUCUGUCUUGCCUGCAAGAUCAUUAGCCCAGGCCUGCCCUCCCUCCAGCUGUCUUUCAUUUACAAAUAUUUAUUAAACAUCUGCUGUGCUCCUGGCUCUCAGAAAGCCAUGGGACAGGAACCAGUGUAUCGUGGAGCAUGAGUAGAGCUGGAGCAGUACCUUGUAAGUAUCCCAAAGCACGUGUCGUUGCAAGUGCCACAUCAGAACUAAUGCACACGCCUGUGCCAGCCUGUCCCCGUGUGGGCCCUCACGUACUCUCCACCUCACAUGGAGACUUCUCUCAUGAAGCCUUGUUUAUGUUGCUUUCUUGGCAGCCUUAUUGUCAUGGACUGGAACAUUUUACUCUCAUCUGUAAAGUCUUCCCAUCUCAUUAUUCCUUGCACUAACCACAGCCACUAGGAAAUUAAUAUUUUGCUACUGAUCACUGAAUAAACAAGAAAAUAUUUUAAGACAAUUA